AUGCACAUCAUCGCGCAUUCGCAGUUGAUGGCGCAGCUGCUCACCUCCCCCACCUCCUCCACCCAUCUCCUCUCAGGCAGCAGUAAAUGGUGCCAGUGUAUAUACAUCAGGUAUUAUGUCCACUUAGAUUAUGAUGUGACAGCGUACAUGCCCGAGGAUGAGCUUAAGGCAGCCGCUCACGACGAGGAGGAGCACCUGCAGGAUGAUGGCCUCUCAUUAGAUGGUCAGGACACAGAGUUCCUGUGCAACGAGGAAGAGGAAGAUGUGGAUGGAGGCCAGCCACCCAGUUACAGAGACUCUCCCCUCAGCAAUGGCACCAACCCCGAUGCUGGAUAUGGGUCUCCGCUCAGUGAUGCUAGCGACCGACUUGCGGACUUCAAGAGCACCUCUUCCAAGGAUGGCCAGGAGAGGGAAGGCACUGCUCUGCCCUUACGUCCAAACAACGGCCUGUCUCUCCAGGAUAGCCUGGCUCAGAUGAAAGCCGUCUAUGCAAACCUGAUCUCAGAUGCCUCUUGGUCUAGCAUCACUAUGGACAUCAUGAAAUCCAAGCCUGCUGCAGCAGGCAGUGUCAACAGUGCUCUCAUUACUCCAGAACCUGUCUCUACUGCCUCUGCUUCCACGACCUCAACCGUUAACAAGAGCAGUGGGGUCAACAUUUCUAGCAGUCACCAUAAUGGCAGGAGCUCCUCUUCCACUGUUAACCACAUAGUCAGCGCGGGUGUCAGUACGAAUGGCACGGCAGCUAACUCUGUUAGCAGCCACAGUGCAACCAGCAGCAGUGGGAGCAGCACUGGAGGUGCCAGUAAUGGUAGCGGUGUAGCUUAUGACUGGCACCAGGCAGCACUUGCUAAAACUCUCCAACAAACCCCCUACCACCUUUUACCCGAGCCCAGCCUGUUCAGCACAGUGCAGCUCUACCGGCAGAACAACAAGUUGUACGGCUCUGUUUUUACUGGUGCAAGCAAGUUUCGCUGCAAAGACUGCAGUGCUGCUUAUGAUACACUUGUGGGUCUCACAGUCCAUAUGAAUGAGACGGGCCAUUACCGAGAUGACAACAAGGACAAAGAGGAGGAUCAGGGAAAGCGCUGGUCCAAACCCCGCAAGCGUUCCCUGAUGGAGAUGGAGGGGAAAGAAGAUGCCCAGAAAGUCCUGAAGUGCAUGUACUGCGGCCACUCAUUUGAGUCUCUGCAAGAUCUCAGCGUUCAUAUGAUCAAGACCAAGCAUUACCAGAAAGUGCCUCUCAAAGAACCAGUGCCAGCCUUGGCCACUAAGCUGGUGCCAACUUCAGCUAAGAAACGUGCUAUCCAAGAUGCUAUAGUCUCUCCAUGCUCCCCGGACUCUCUCCAUGCUGGUAGUGGUGGUGGCAGUGUAUCUCUUGGGGACAUGGGCAAGGAUACAAAAGCUGCAGCCAACCCCUACGUGACACCAAACAACCGUUAUGGCUACCAAAAUGGUGCCAGCUACACGUGGCAGUUUGAAGCUCGUAAAGCGCAAAUCCUUAAAUGCAUGGAGUGUGGGAGCUCGCACGAUACUCUACAGCAGCUGACUGCCCACAUGAUGGUUACAGGUCACUUUUUGAAGGUAACAAACUCUGCAUCUAAGAAGGGCAAACAGCUAGUGUUUGAUCCAGUCGUGGAAGAGAAAAUACAGUCUAUCCCACUACCACCGACCACCACUAGACUACCCGUUCCAAGUAAUGUUAAGUCCCAGCCAGUGUCCCCAGCCCUGUCCUCUGGCUCAGAGGACAAGAGGGAUACCGUUGAGGAAGACAAAUUUGAAGGCUGUGAGCCAUUGGAGAAAAAAAUUAAAGAAGAGAAAGAUGACUCUAGUGAGAAGUCAGAGACUGAUACCACAUCAUAUAAAUACCUUAGAGAAGAAGAUUUGGAGGAAACUCCUAAAGAGGGUAUAGACAUUCUUAAAUCCUUGGAGAACACAGUAUCCAGUGCCAUCAGCAAGGCUCAGACAGGCACACCAACAUGGGGUGGCUAUCCUAGCAUUCACGCAGCCUACCAGCUGCAGGGUGCCAUGAAGAGCUCGGCCACUCUCCUGCCCCCAACGGUCCAGAGUGUACAGAUGCAGCCGAUGUUUAACAGUGGGCUGCGAGGUCUUGUGAACGACCCCAGCUCAGUCAUUCACUCGCCUCGGAGCCCUUCCUCCCCCACACCCCUCAGGAGCAAUGUCACUGCCAUGGAGGAGCUUGUGGAGAAAGUGACAGGAAAAGCUGCCACCGUGAAAAAGGAAAAAGAAGAGAAGAUGGUGAGCCUGGAACGUUGCAGGCCCCCAUCAUUAGUGAAAUCCCCCUCCCCUGUACUGAGAGAGCAAAGAGAGCCGUUGCCAUCUCCAAAUGACCUCUCUGUAGGCAAACCGUCUGGUAUGAGAAGCAUUAGCCCAGGCAGUGUUGACUCAGAGCUUGUCUGUAAGAAGGAACCCAAAGAGACCCUCGUGGAUGGCCACAACCAUUCAAAGAAUGGCUCCGAGGCGUGCCAGUCCCCAGUUACAAAUGGCAACAGCCUCGGCAUCAUCACUGAUCACUCCCCUGAAAGUCCUUUCAUUAACCCUCUCAGCGCACUUCAGUCGAUCAUGAAUACACACCUGGGCAAGGCAUCCAAAUCAGUGAGCCCAGCUGCAGAUCCCCUGUCCAUGCUUUACAAAAUCAGCAACAGCAUGAUGGAGAAGCCAGCUUUCAACCCCGCGCCUCAGGGCAAGCCAGUGGAGCCCGUCAGCCACUAUCAGCUGUAUGAAAACAGUGACCAGCCCAUAGACCUCAGUAAAAAUAAGUCCACUACCAACAGCAACAACAAUAACAACAGCGGCAGCGUGCUCGCGGCCAACAGUAGUUUAAAUGGCAACAAACCCCUCAUUUCCCUCCCUGAGUCAGUUUCCUCUCCUUUGAGAGAGAAUGCUCUGAUGGACAUUUCCGAUAUGGUGAAGAACCUCACAGGGAGGCUGACGCCCAAAUCUUCAACUCCCUCUUCCAUCUCAGAGAAGUCAGAUGCCGAUGGCAGUGCAUUUGAGGAUGCCCUGGAGGACCUCUCACCGGUGCAGAAGAGGAAAGGGAGGCAGUCCAACUGGAAUCCUCAGCAUCUCCUUAUCCUGCAGGCGCAGUUUGCCUCUAGCCUGAGGGAGACCCCAGAGGGCCGUUACGCCAUGACAGACCUGGGCCCUCAGGAAAGGGUCCACAUCUGUAAAUUCACUGGUCUGUCCAUGACCACCAUAUCUCACUGGCUGGCAAAUGUCAAGUACCAGCUGAGACGGACUGGGGGCACCAAGUUUCUCAAGAACAUGGACUCAUGCCAGCCUGUGUUCCUCUGCGGUGACUGUGCCUCUCAGUUCAGGACUCCCUCCUCCUACAUCAGCCACCUGGAGUCUCACCUGGGCUUCAGCUUGAAGGACCUGUCCAAGCUGUCAGCUGAGCACCUACGGGAGCAGCAGGCUGCCUCAAAGGUGAUCACGGACAAAAUGACAUUCGGCAGCCCACUGUCGGCCUUGGCCACACCAGAGGACGACUCGGGCUCUGUGUACCAGUGCAGACUUUGCAAUCGGACAUUCGUCAGCAAACACGCAGUCAAACUGCACCUCAGCAAAACCCACGGCAAGUCUCCAGAGGACCACCUGGUGUUUGUCACGGCUCUGGAGAAACUGGAGAAGCUCGACAAAAUGGAGAAAGUUUAA